GUGUCGGUGGCUGCGCGGGGUGCCGGUGGUUGCGCGGGGUGCGCGUUGCGCUCAGGGCCGAGCAGGGUUCUGGUGGCCGAGCAGGGUUCUGGUGGCCGAGCAGGGCUCUGCCGGCUGCGCGGGGCCGCGCGGAGCAUGUCGGCGCUGCGGCGCAAGCUGGGCGAUGAGUACCAGGUGGUGAGCACCUCGGCCAGCGGCGGGGGCCUCCCGCCCCCGCGCAGCGCCCCGCGGGGGAAGCGCCAGCGCUUCGUGGACAAGAACGGGCGCUGCAACGUGCAGCACGGCAACCUGGGCGGCGAGACCAGCCGCUACCUGUCCGACCUCUUCACCACGCUGGUGGACCUCAAGUGGCGCUGGAACCUGUUCAUCUUCAUCCUCACCUACACCGUGGCCUGGCUCUUCAUGGCCUCCAUGUGGUGGGUGAUCGCCUACAUGCGCGGGGACCUCAACAAGGCGCACGACGACAGCUACACCCCGUGCGUGGCCAACGUCUACAACUUCCCCUCCGCCUUCCUCUUCUUCAUCGAGACCGAGGCCACCAUCGGCUACGGCUACCGCUACAUCACCGACAAGUGCCCCGAGGGCAUCAUCCUCUUCCUCUUCCAGUCCAUCCUGGGCUCCAUCGUGGACGCCUUCCUGAUCGGCUGCAUGUUCAUCAAGAUGUCGCAGCCCAAGAAGCGGGCGGAGACGCUGAUGUUCAGCGAGCACGCCGCCAUCUCCAUGCGCGACGGGAAGCUCACGCUCAUGUUCCGCGUGGGCAACCUGCGCAACAGCCACAUGGUCUCGGCGCAGAUCCGCUGCAAGCUGCUCAAGUCCCGCCAGACUCCGGAGGGGGAGUUCCUGCCCCUGGACCAGCUGGAGCUGGACGUGGGUUUCAGCACUGGGGCUGACCAGCUCUUCCUGGUGUCCCCCCUGACCAUCUGCCACGUCAUCGACUCCAAGAGCCCCUUCUACGACCUGUCCCAGCGCAGCAUGCACACGGAGCAGUUCGAGAUCGUCGUCAUCCUCGAGGGCAUCGUCGAGACCACGG